AUGCUAACGAAUCCAAGUCUUUCAUGGCAGAAACUCCAUGACGUAUACUAUAGCAUUAGGACAUGCUACGACUCCUUGAAUUGGUCCAUUGAAAACCUCUAUUCCAAUUACCGAGUGGCCCUUUCAACUUACACCACCUUGAUAGCAUUAGCCUCAAGACAGGCCCAAUACCCAAACGUGAUCGAUGUGUACUCAAUUAGCGGGAAUAAGUUGUGGUCUGUGAUAUUCAAUUCCACACCACAAGAGCACAUUGUCGAUUUCACGUUCUAUAACGAGGACUUGCUUGUGGUACUCAGCAGCGGCAAAUACAGACUCUACACGGACUUCCAAGGCACUUUCAACGAAUAUUCUUACAAAGAAGGCCUUUUGAGCUUGAGCGGCCAAGAAGAUGAGUCUAGUAAAAAAUACGUUAUCACCAAUCUAGAGAAUGAUGAAACCGAGGAAGCAUUUGAUGUUAUUGAAGCACAAGUCUGGGGCACUCUCCUCGUGCUUCGGCAUAAAAACAGGAUCACACUCUCCAAUUUGGAGACAUAUCAGAACUUUGAUCUUUCACUUAAUCAUUUUGACUUGACGUUGGUGAAUUGUAUCGCUUUUCUCUCGGCGAGUGAGCUGAUUGUCGAGUUUCUCCUAAGCUACUCGAACACUAUUUAUAUUGUGAAACUAGAUUUGAAAUUGCAGACUGCAAGCUUUGAUGAUCAAAAGCUUACUGAUGGGCCUUUCUCGAGAAUUUCAGUCUCACAUAACGGCUCUCUUAUCUCGAUAUUCAAUGAGAAAUCUUCAAAAAUAUUUGUUGUUCGAAAACUGUUCGACAAAGUUUUGCUAGAAUAUGAUACGUCCAAUGAAUCAAGUACUCCCUAUAUGAUUGAGUGGGCCGGUAACGAUGCCAUCAUUUUGUCCUUGCGAGACGAGAUCAAAUUGAUUGGGCCAGACCAGAUAUCCAUUUCGUUUUUCUACGACAUUGUUGAUCAAGAGGACUUUGAUCUCGAUCAAUUGCUCCGAGAAAGCCCAGAAUCAGACCUUUCAUUCACUAUACCAAUAAUCAAGUCUGAACCAGAUGGGCUCCGCAUCAUAACUUCGAAUAAGGUAGAGUUCCUCACUCGCGUACCUCAAUCAUCGAUUGAUAUACACCUGGUUGGAUCUACCCAUCCGUCAUUAAUACUAUUGGAUUGUGUAUCCAAACUCAGGGAACAGUCUCUGAAGGCAGAUACAAAUAUCUCACUUCUUAAGAGUGAGAAAUCCCUCCGAGAGGCUAUGUCCGGGUGUUUAGACGCCGUGUUACACGAAUUUGAUCCCCAAUGGCAGAAAACAAUUUUAAAGGCCGUCUCGUUUGGCAAGAUUUAUGACAAUGAUUACUUCAACGCAGAAGAAUACCUCAGAGUUGUCAAUAUCAUCAAAGUGCUUGACCAAAUCCGGUCCUCAGAGUUUGGUCUAUUCUUGACAUACGAGGUCGUGACUAUAGUGGGCUGGGAAACUGUUAUCCGAAUGCUUUUGAGAAGACAAGAGCAUCUCUUAGCUCUCAAGAUCAUCGGUUUGGUACAGCUCCCCGAUCUCACAAAUUUGGUGUAUUCGCAUUGGUGUUGUUCCAAAAUCAGAAAGGAGCUCAAUCUCUCAGACUAUGAACUCUUUAAAAUUGUGGCAAAAAAAUUAAUUUCGUUGGAGAAGUUCACGCCUGGCGACAUGAAGAGGAACCAUAUUUCCGUGCUUGAUAUCUCUAAUGUUGCUUACCAAGAGGGAAGAGUUGAUUUGUGCAAGCUUCUCAUCAAUCUUGAACCAUCAAUGUUGGCUAAGAUGAAGGAGUACUUGAUGAUCGAAGAAACAGAGCUUGCUCUUGUGAAGACUUUUCAAGCAGGAGAUCUUGAUCUCUGUCGUCUUUUACUCCUCCACCUUCAGAAUACUCUUCCCAAGCUUCAACUCUUUAAGCUUUUGAGUCAAAACGAACAAAGUGGUCUUUUUAAAGACACAUCAGCGAGACAACUUCUUAAGGAUGAAGAAAUAAAGGUGAUAUUGCAGGACAACUUAUUCAUAAGUGGCGACUUGAUUGGAAAUUUUUGGGUUCAAAACAUCGCAAAAUACAACGCUUCUCUUGUCGACUCCUACUACAAGAACGAGAGCAAAUCCCUGGAAAGAAAUUUGGUUAAAGUCAAAAAGUUUUUGAAAGAAAAUGACGUUUCGGACAACAGCAACUACGAGGAAGUUUUUCAAGUUCAUAAGCAGAAACUUCAUGGGUUGUUGAACAAUCUGAAGUACACUAAGCUCAUUCAAAGGGAACUUGCAAUCCUAGAACUUAAGAAAAAACUUUCUGAGAUGUACCAAACGACAUUUUUUGGAGUCAAAUCACUCACAGAUAUACUUGUGAAGUUGAUCAAAAUGCAUCAAAUAAAAACUGCGGCUAAGAUCGUCAAGGAUCAGAAAUUACCACAAGAAAAACUUUGGCAUUUGGUGCUAGAGGUAUAUUCCAAAAUAGGGGAGUUUGAACGUUUACAUAAGUUUAUUACCACGAAUAGCAGUGGCAGUAAGCUAAAAUCCCCAAUUGGAAUGACAGUCAUAGCUCAAACUUGCAUCAACUAUGGGGCUCCGAAAGCCUACAUCUCGGUGUACAUUGGUGCCAUUAAUGAUUCAACCUAUCAAAGGGUAGUUGAUCUAUUCCUUCAGAUUGGUGAAUUCAAGUUAGCAGCCGAGGAGGCUUUUAACAAUAAAGAUGCCGAGAUGUUACGAAGUAUCUUGAAAAGAGCCCGGGGAUCAAAUGAGGAUACUAUUUCUGUGAUCAAGAGCUACAUCUCGCGUAUUUAG